AUGCCUCCCCCUCCGCCGGCGGCCGCCCGCAGCAGGGGGCGGUGCAGCGCGCUCAGCUUCGCGGCGGCGCGGGACCGGUGCUUCAGCCACCGUUUCCGCAGGGCGGGGCUGCGCCCGCCCGCCGUGCCGCUCCCGGCGCCCCCGCGCCCGGACCCGGACCCCGAUCCCGACCCGGCCACCACCGUCCACAUGUGGGUGCCCGCGGAACCCGCUGCUCCUCCUGCACGGCUUCGGCGCCUCCGCCACGUGGCAGUGGGCGCCCUACCUCCGCGCGCUCAUCGCCGCCGGGUUCGACCCCAUCGUGCCCGACCUCGUCUUCUUCGGCGCCUCCCCGACCGCUCCGACGCCUUCCAGGCCUCCGCCAUCAAGGCCGCCAUGGACGCCAUCGGGGUCCCCAGGUUCGGCCUCGUCGGCGUCAGCUACGGCGGCUUCGUCGGCCACCGGAUGGGCGCCAUGUUCCCGUAG